CCGCGCGUCUCGAGAGGCCCCCGCCCGCCUCCCCUCAAGUCCCCGUCUCCGGCGCCGCCAGGAGCUCAGCACGGUUCUGCGGGCCGGGGGCGGGACCCUCGACUCAGUCAGGGGCCUUCCGGGAGGAGGCCGGGGCCCGUGCCGCAGCCGCUCCAUCCGUAACGGGAAUUUCAACGGGAGCCCACAGCACUAGCACGGCGCAGGCGCGACGGCCGCCCACGCCCCGCGGCGCGCCCGCUACGCCCUCUUCCGGCGCCGCCCGCUCCCGAGUGUCUACGGUCUCGACUUCCGCCGCGCGCCACCCCUCGCGAGACUUCGGCGGCGCAGCCAUGGCGAGACCAUGCCGCGUCACUGCUCCGCCGCCGGCUGCUGCACACGGGACACGCGCGAGACGCGCAACCGCGGCAUCUCCUUCCACAGACUCCCCAAGAAGGACAACCCGAGGCGAGGCCUGUGGCUGGCCAACUGCCAGCGGCUGGACCCCAGCGGCCAGGGCCUGUGGGACCCGGCAUCCGAGUACAUCUACUUCUGCUCCAAACACUUCGAAGAGAACUGCUUUGAGCUGGUGGGAAUCAGUGGGUACCACAGGCUGAAGGAGGGCGCGGUCCCCACCAUCUUUGAGUCUUUUUCCAAGCUGCGCCGCAGCGCCAAGAGCAAAGGGCACGGUUACCCGCCCGGCCCCCCGGACAUCGGCAGGCUGCGGCGAUGCCGGAAGCGCUGCGCCGAAGGCCGGGGGCCCACCACCCCGUUCUCGCCACCCCCGCCGGCCGACGUCAGCUGCUUCCCUGCGGAAGAGGCCUCGGCGCCCGCCACGCUGCCAGCCUCGCCCGCUGGGAGGCUGGAGCCCGGCCUGAGCAGCCCCUUCUCAGACCUGCUGGGCCCGCUGGGCGCCCAGGCGGACGAGGCGGGCUGUAGCGCGCAGCCCUCGCCGCUGGAGCCGCGGCCCGUGUCCCCGUCCGCCUACAUGCUGCGCCUGCCGCCCCCUGCCGGCGCCUACAUCCAGAACGAGCACAGCUACCAGGUGGGCAGCGCCCUGCUCUGGAAGCGCCGGGCCGAGGCGGCCUUGGACGCCCUGGACAAGGCCCAGCGGCAGCUGCAAGCCUGCAAGCGGCGGGAGCAGCGGCUGCGGCUGCGGCUGACCAAGCUGCAGCAGGAGCGGGCCCGGGAGAAGCGGGCUCAGGCCGACGCCCGGCAGACGCUGAAGGAGCAUGUGCAGGACUUCGCCAUGCAGCUGGGCAGCAGCAUGGCCUGAGGGGGCUGGGGGCGCGGCCGGACGCCGGAAUAAAGUGGAUUCCAGGA